AUGCACAAUGGCGCCAACGUGCCCGCCGUCGCCGCUCCACCACUCGCACCGCCGACCUUCCCUCCUGCCGUCGAGCCCGCACGGCACUCGCGCCUCGCCGAGUCGCUCUCGCCGCCUCGCACCACCUCGCAGCGACGGUGGUCCCACUCGAGGGGACGACCUCGAGCGCUCGGCGGCUCGAGCGUCGAGCGCAGCAUGAGCCGCGGGACGGCCGACUCGAGCGGCGCCGCUCGAGCGGGGACAGGGUGGAGCGAGAGGAGCGACAGCAGGGACGGGUCGCGCGCGCCCAUGCUUCGAGGUGCAGGGCCACCGCAGACGGGCGAGAACAGGGAAGCAGGCGGGCCCGCUCGCGAGGUGACGGACGAGAAGGUGCGGCUCGAGGACGGCGACGAGCAGGCGGUCAAGGGCGUGUGGGCAGUGCGGCUCGCGAGGCACUUUGUCGGUAUUCGGGACAAGAGGUCCUUCCCGGCUCCCCUCGUCCGACCUCUGCGGCACCUCUCCCCUCAGACCGAGGGCUAUAUCCUUGGCUUCCUCGGCUCGUUCCCCUCGAUCCUCAUCGCCUGCGCCAUCUCGCUCGGCCUGUCGACCCUCGACUCGAGCGCAUUUUCGACCACGCCCCUCACGGUCGGCUCGUUCGGCGCCACCGCCGUCCUCCUGUACGCCGUCCCCGAGGCGCCCCUCUCGCAGCCUCGCAACGUCAUCGGCGGACACCUCGUGAGCGCCGUCACGGGCGCCGUCAUCUCGCAGCUGUUCUCGCUCUCAAGCCGGUUCGACUCGGGCGAGUUUGUCGUCGACAACACGCUCGCGGCGAGGGGCAGCUGGGGGAGCUUGACGCCCGUCUCGGCGUCGUUGGCGGUCGCCCUCGCGACGCUUGCGAUGCAGGUCACCGGGACCGUCCAUCCUCCAGGUGGUGCCACUGCUCUCAUCGUGUCGUACUACCGCACGACCUCGUACCGGUGGACCUACGUCCUCGACGUCGUCCUCUCGGUCACGGCGAUGACCGUCUGGGCCACAUUCGUCGGCAACCUGGGCCGCCGCCGAUACCCAACCUUCUGGUGGACCCCGAACCCGCCUCCUCCUGCACCAUCCGCACCCGCAGCAGCUCAUGGCGCUCCUGCGCCCUCGUCGACGCCGUCCAAGCAGGAGAAGCGCCCGCCCUCGCCGCCGACGCACCACGAGCACGCGCCCUCGCUGUCGCCGAACGAGGACCUCGAGCGGCGCUGGCUCGGUCGGCUCGGCGAGGUCGACGAGGAGGCACUCGGCGAGGGAGACGAGCCGGCGAGGAGAGAGGAGGAGCGUUGGCUCGAGGAGGAGGCCGAAGCGGAGGAACGAGGACGAAGGGCGACGAGGCGGUAG